CAGUAGAAAUUUCAGUUCGAUAGCAAAAGUAUAAGAUGAUUCUCCUCGUGGCCCUCCUUUCUGCCUGUUUCCUAAUUUCUGCCUCCCUGGGAUCGGAAGAAGUGGUUCCAACAACUCCACUGCCUAAUAUUAAUAAUCAGACGAUGUCGAAAACACAAGCCAUAGAUUUUCCAGAUCCUUGUCCACGAAUGCAAAAUGGAGACGUAGUCCUCCGCGAAAUCCAACUUCCAGGCUCAGACACGUUUAAAUCGGUUUGUGUGUCAUUAUUUUAUAUUGGAUCUGGAUGGUUAAAUGUUUAUAGAAAAUUAAAUUCACAAACAUUUAAUCGGACGUUUGAUGAUUAUGAACGUGGAUUCGGGGAUGUAGGAACUGCGAGGCACAAUGAGUUCUUUAUUGGACUCAACCGACUGCACCAACUGACCAGUGGAAAGCCUCAUGAAGUGCUUUUAUCCGUCAGAGGGAGGAGGCUAAGGAAAUGCGACCACUUUGUUGUGGGUGAUCGAAGCGAAGGUUACAAGGUGAAAAGUAUUGGCAAUUGUACUGGUAGCGAAUUAUGGAUGAUUCCUAAGCAGGACUCUAAAUUUUCCACACUCGAUCGAGAUGAGGAUGGAGUUCCUGAUCGUAAUUUUGCGAAGGAAGAGGGCUAUGGCUGGUGGUUCGAUCCUAGUAUGAGACCCGAAGUGUUCAGAAUAAACAUGUCCAUCCGAAGAACAGAUUGAAGAAAACAAAAAGCCUUUUAAAAACGGACUUGGAAUAUGAAACAAUUUUGGAAAUUAUAUGUAAUCUUAAUAUGCACUAAAAUGUAGAUAUAUUAUUUAUAAUAUUUUGAAGACGAUUAUUGGAUGAACUCUACUCUUAUAUUUUUU